CGCGCAUGCGCGUGUACUGUCACUUUCGUUUUUAAACCGCGAAUGUGUUGCUGAUAGUGAAAAAUAAUAAAAAUUGUAAAUUAAAACUAAAUUGUAAAUAAAAAAUUAAAAAUGUUUGAUUCAUUAUUGCUUGUGGUAUUUUUGACGAGUUUCGUGGGAGCCGACAGUGGUAACAGUUUACCGGAAGAUUUUACAAGAUGUCGGCAGAAGGACUCCAAAUUGAACGAGUGCCUCAAAAUGGCCGUCCCUGACGCGCUCCGGAGGAUGAAAAAAGGAAUCCCAUCUCUAUCAGUGCCUCCGAUGGAGCCGCUGCACGUGAACAGCAUCAACGUGGACUCCGGCUCAGGACCUGUCGUCAUCACACAGAUGUACAAGAACAUCAAACUCCACGGUCUCACUAAUACUUUGCUGACUUUGUACAAGGCUGAUCUCAAAAACUACAGACUCAGGACCGAUUCUAUAACUCCUAAAAUGGAGUUUAUUGCCGACUACAUUAUGAGGGGCAGGAUCCUACUACUGCCUAUCCAAGGAAAAGGUGUUGCUAACAUCACUAUGGUGAACCUUGUGGUGAAACACGAUCUGAUUGGGGAGCCGGUGGUGAGAGACGGCGAGACCUACAUGCACAUCAAGGACUACAGGGUCAAGUUCAUCCCGCAGAAGGUCGUGCUUUACUUCUCCAACCUCUUCAACGGGGAUAAGGUCCUUGGUGAUAACAUGAACGAAUUCCUGAACUCCAAUUCCGACCUAGUCUUCAACGAACUGAAGGAAUCCUAUGAGAAGUCACUAAGCUCUGUGUUUCAGAAUGUCACUAACGAGAUAUUUGAUAGAGUGCCAAUGAACAAAAUAUUCCUCGAAGAUUAAUCUGUACCUACAUCAAAGUAGCAAGACUAAAGGGCUAACGUUUCUGCGCUCGCUAGAUGGCGUUAUAGUAGCAUUACGACCUAUUUAUCCAAUCACUAUACCUGUCCGAAAAUAUAUACAUUAUUUAUUGGAAAAACAGGACCUUACGCUACAUAAGCGCCAUCUGGUGAACACAAAAACUUUACCCCUCAUUGAUAGCUACAAUAAUUAGUUCGUAAAACAUUCCAUAAGCGAGGGACACAAAUAAUACACUACACUUAGGUAUUUGUGGUAUUUAUUGAAGCUGCUUUAAUUAGACUUCGUUAGUAUAAGUAGGUAUAUAAGUGUAAAAUAAUAUAAUUAUAAAUAAGUUACAAAUAAAUAAAUAAGUAAAAUUAAUUAUAAAAACUAUGUAUAAGUAAAAAUAAUUUUAUAA